AGUGUUUUGCCUCGGUAGUCUCGGUCUGCGGCGCGCGACGGCGCUUCGAGCUCCGCCUGCAUAUUCGAUUUUCAAACAAGCAUUUCACGUUUGAAUCUCGAGCGGUCCACACGCGUAGUGCUGAAUCGAGUGAAUACGCUAUUCUUGACUGCCAGUGUUCGUGAUUAUUCAAACUGUGUUCUUCUAAAAUGUGUGAGAAAAGGACAAGGAAAAUUAAGAAAGGGUCUCAUCUGACCCGAUUGCGAGAGGCGAGACGCUUGGAGAGGCUCCAGCGUAUUUCAUCUCCUGCCGCGCCUGAGGAGUCGGCAUCAGUUCCCCCGUGCCCCCCAUGCCCCCCAGCGCACGUCGACAAGCCCGGCCAAAACAGAGUCAUCCUAGAAUUGGCCUGGAGAACAAUAGCCCUCAUGCACAAGAACAGACUCAUCCAACAAAAAAUCAUUGCAUUACAAAAAGAAACAUCCGAAUUUAUUGCGUCAGUCAUGAACAACCCUGAAAAUAGGCGGCGGUACAUAGAACACGUCCGGCUCUAUGGCAUCCCGCAGGAACUACAAUUCCAAAUUCAAACGUUCAGAAACAACAUACCAGUUAAAAUAGAAGCCAAUAUAUAAAUUUAAAAAUUCAAAUUGUGAUUCUUCGACUGAUUGAUUGUAUAAUUUUUUUGCUGUGUGAUUGUGAGUUUCAGUCUCACGUUAUACACGUUGCGCGUAAAUGUGACUUUGUGUUUACUUAAUUGUACUCUAUUUUUAUUAUGUGUGGACAUUUUUAUCUUAUAGUGCUUUAGUUAUUUAAGUGUAACUUAGUAUUUGAACAGUUAAACAGCAUCAUAAUAUGCCUUACUACUUAUGGAACGCACAUGGUGUAAUUCUAAUUGUUAUCUUUCAACAUUGUUUUGAAAAUUUUUGCUUGUUGCUAAUUGUCAAUUCUAUAAGGUACGAACGUAAGUAAGUACCGGUUUUUUAAUAUUUGUGGUAGUCAUAUGAGAUUUAAAAUGUAUCAUCUCUACUGCCUACAUUUAAAAACAAAUUGGGUGACUUGAAUUAUUUUGGCAUCUUUUUCACCGAAAGAUAAAAUGUUGUUUAUUUAAUAUUGAUAAAGCGAAACCUGCUAUGUAUACUCAUAUAAGGAAUGUGUAUACUGUAUACCAUAUGUCAACAGUCGAGGCUUAAGAUGAUCUAUAUUUUAAUCUUAUUUUGUUUAACUUUUUAGGUCACAAUUAAAUUAAAGAUCUCAUAAUUUGUAGAUUCCGACAGCGUUUCUUAUAAACAAUUUGUAGAGGAUUGUCCCUCUACUUUUCAGCAAUAAAAAAUAAAAAGCAGUGUCUUAAAUAAAGUCGUUGUGGUUUUAGUAGUACUUGUUUUAUAAACUAAGUGAUUUUGUGGUUGUAAAGACGAGGCUGGUAGACUAGAUAAGAUCUUCGUACCAUACAUAAUUCAUUGUUGUAUUAAUAAGCUGUUGUUAGCACCGACUGCCUAAUUUAAUGUUUUUAACGUCUGUUAUGUAAAAUCUGGAUCUUAGGUCUAAUAAUAGAUAUCUCGGAUCUAUUGCUAAAUGAUGAAAAUGUAUAACAUUUAUCAUAUACUUUAGCUUAAGCUUUUUUGCGUCGUAAUACCUACCUAUGUAGCUAAACACAUAGGUACCUAUUUAUUGAUAAAAAUUCUGGGAGUUAGUGAGAAAUUAAUUAAAUGUAUAGGUGUUUCUAUAUUAGACACUUAAUAAAAAACUCAGUUGCAGUUUAUGAUUUUAUAAUUUGAUAUAAUUUUAUGCUAAAAUAAAAAUACUUUUAUACUUGACUAAGUAUAAUAAUGUAUUAUUAUGACGUCAUUUAAAAAAUCAGUUUGUAGGUUUUUUUACGUAAAUAAAUAAAAUUAUGAAAUGUGACUUAGUCGGUCUUUUUUAUAUUACUUACUUAGCUAUUUCUUGUUUUUGAGUUUCUAACAGGACUUGUUAUAAUAUCCAAAAUGUUCUACCUACAUCACCUAACUUAUGGUACGAACGCUCGAAGGAAAUAUUUUAAAUACUCUUAGAUUAAGAUAGUUUAUAAUUAUUUAUUAUUUUGUUAUUAAAGUUUUUAGGCAAAGUUUUACACGAAGCAAAUCAAUUCAUUACAGAAUUUUGUUCGGAAGAUUUCAAAAAUAUUUCCUUAAAUUAUGAUUAUGUUUUCCAAUUCACAAUUGAUUGAAAAGUACACUGAAUAAAAUCAUGAUCUAUAUUUCCCAUGUUUUCGAUAGGUCUGUGAUACUUUAGUCUGUUAGCUCAUUACCUACUUAGUAAGUGUUACAACAAAUUGAUAGGUAUGCUAUCGUGUAAACUUAGCUUAAAUUGCAUUUAUCGAAGAAAAGCACAGAUCUACCUUCAACUGUGUUCAUUUUUCAACUGUAGAUUUAUGGUUUUGGUCAUUUUAUCAUAAACUUAUUUUUCAUCAUAUUGUAAUAAGCAUUAUAUACCUAAUAAUUUGUAAUAUCUAAUUUGCAAAUUUCAAAAAUAUUUCGACUUUAGAAUAUUUAUUUACUAUUUAUUGCCAAAAAGUAUUCGAUAGUUUUACACGCUUUUUAUUAUUUGUGUAUAUUCCAGGUAACGUUAUUUUAUUUUUGUGUAAUGUAAUUCUUAUUAUUUAUUUAUUUCAUAUUCGUAUUUUGAAAUUAUUAAGUAGUUAUAUACUUCUAUUUAAUUUUAUGAUUAAAAAAAUUAUAAGUCGUAAUAAUUAUUUCUUAACAAAAAAAUUACUCUGAUGCGUAGGUACCUAUCAACUUACAGAAUACUUAAGGAGAUCUAAAAAAAUAUCAGAAUUUUAAAUGUGUAAAAGUAAGCUCAUUAUCGUGUGUAAUAAUUAAUUCAUCUUCAAAUAAAUAAUAUUUUCAAAAGUUGCGGAUGUUUUUUAGUCUAUGGCACUUAUUAUGUAGAAUACCAUUAAUUAAUUAAUUGUUACACGUCUGUUCAUGGCCUUAUGUAUAGCACAAUGAUCCCAUUGUAAAAAGCUUUGAUGUACGCUUAAAAAUGGUUAUCUUGUUUAGCGAUAAGUUAUAUUUCUUUGAGAAUAAACUAGUCUUUCUUGAAUACCCAA